AGCUUGAUAUAAAAAGAACCCGUAAUAGGAUCAAACAUCUUUUUUUGCCGUCGAGAGCUUUUGUAUUCUAUCAGAUGAAUUUCAAUAACUCAGCUCCAACAAAAGGAAAAGCAUUGGUAAAUGUUGCUUACUAUGAUCCAUUUGAUCUAUAUGCAAAGCUAAAAGAAGAUCUUGAAUCAAAAUUGCCUUUGACAAAUCUUCAUUUAAAACUAGAAAAUGCCCCCUUAAAAUCAAUUCCUAUAUUGCCAAUUAAUAUAAUUGAGGAAAUUCCGAAUUCAAUAUCAGCAGCCUUAAAUGUAAACAAUCAAAUCAAUCCUCCUUCAGAUUCCUUUGAUUUAAAUUCCAGUCAUUCCCAAUCUAUACUAUUUAAUGAUUUGAUCAAUGCUGUUAAUGACCCCUACCUAAAAAUCAUGUUUUUUCAGUGUGCUAAUGGUAUUGAUGAAUAUAGAACAAAAGUUAGACCUUUUAUUAAAGAAUGGUUCAAACAGUCAAUAGACACAUCAAAGUUGCCAACUGAUUGGUUAUUGGUCUAUUAUAUUCCCGAAGGUGUUAAGGAUGAUGUUGAAGCAAGAUUUAAAACGACGCUUUUGGAUAAGAUAAAAUUCGAUUUUAACAGUUACAAUAGUCCUAAUACUUCUGCGCAUAAUUUAUCAGUGAGGGUUUUGAAAAUAAAAGCAGAGUACAGUAAUAAAAUUGAGUAUGACUCCAAUUGGAAUAAUUUUCUAACUAAAAUAAAAGAUAGUAUUUUAAACACUUUUAAUAACAGAAUUUCUUUUUACAAAUCUGUUAUUUUAGAUCUAGUAAAUACUUAUCCUGAGAAACCAAAUACCGAUGAAUCAUCAAUUCUGCCAUCAUCCAUAGUGGAAUCUUUUUUCAAAAACUAUCAUUCUAAUAUUAACAUUGGCCUUUAUUUAUUAUUAAAUGAAAAUUUGGGUAUUUUAUUUAAUCAUUUGACAUUCUACGAGGACUCUCUUCUUUAUUACGAUAAUCUAGAAAAAAUAUUUCAAUUCUUUUUUGAAAAAUUUUUAAACUCAAAUGAAGAUAAAAAUCCAACUUUUAUUGAAAAAGUUGGUUUCAAUGAUAUUUCUAUUUCAAAAAAUUGCUUUUAUUUCAAUUUUUUUGAAAAUGAUCAAAACCAGUUUUUAAUAGAUUUAUCUAAUAACUUUUUAGAUAUCUUUUCAAGCAUUCCUUCAAAUAAUGCUCUAUCAAAAAAAUUGCAAAUAAAUACCUAUUUUGAUUUAUUCAAAAAAAUUCGACUUAGUAUCCUUGAUAAUGCAUCAAGUUAUUUUCAACUGAAAGUUUAUAUUUUUUGGAAUCAAUCGAUUUUAAUUAAUUCACUAAUUUUGUCUUAUUUGGAGUCAAGUGCAUAUUCUCCUGCCAUUAUUUCCAUUCAUUUAUAUCAAUUACUUAAAAGACUAGAAACUUUCAUAGUUGAUAUGUGUGGUGCUUUAAUUGAUAAUAAAAUUUCAAAAAAAAAUAUUAUCAAAAUUGCUGAAUGGUCUUAUUCAAUAGUGGAUAGCUAUAUGUUAUUAAUUCAAGAGUUUUAUUUUACACCUGGUAAAUUAACCAGAACAAUGUUUGAUCCAAAUUCAAUUAACCACUUUUUGCAAAACAGGGAAAUCAAUGAUGCUUUAGGUAAUUUGUUCAUAACUAAAAGAUUUUUUUUAAUAGUUUUGGGAAAAAGAUAUAAUUAUAAACUCAAUUAUUAUUUUACAGAUAAAUUAACUCAUAUCAAUACUGUAAACUAUUUAUUCAAAGGAGAAAAUGAUUCAGUUUAUGAAUUUGAUUACUCCCCUUUAAAAAAAGCGCUAACUAACCAAAAAACAUUCCAGGAAUACUUUGUGGAGCUAACUGAAUCUGCGAUUAAUCAUUUUAAUAUAGCAGACAAACCUAGAAAUGUGGAUAUUUUAUCUAUUGAUAUAGCAAUGAUAAAUUUUCAAAACAAAAAUUAUAGGGAUUCUUUGUUAGUCUUGCAAAACUGCCCAACAUUUUAUAACGAACAAGGCUGGAAAUAUAUUGGGUUUUAUUUAUUAAAAGUGUAUAUUUGUUGUUUGGAAAAUACAAUUGAAGAGGAUGAAAUCACUUUAUCUAAAACAAAUAAGGAAAGUGGAAAUUAUAACAGUUUGUAUAUUACAGUUCAAGAAAGUAAAACGACUUUACUCACUUCAUAUUUAGAUUUAUUGUCAACUAUAUUGAGUUCUUCAAAUAAGUUUAACUCGAUUUCUUUGUCCGAUCUUAAAAUACAAAAAAACUCUGAUAGUUUUGAGGAUAUUGAUUUUAAACAAGAGAAUCUAACUGAAAAGAAUAAUGAAAGCUCCAAUUUUUUUGAUAAUGAUCUUGAAAAUAUUAACAAAUUUUUGAUCAAUUCAAAAGAAAUCAAUGAUGUUUUAAUAAAAAUACUAAAUUUAAAGGAUAAAAUUUCAGUUGAAUACGAUUUGAGUAAUCUAUUUGUGUUUAAAAUUUCCAAAUUUAUUUCAAGUAAAAAAUUGAAUACUUAUGAUAUUGAAUUACUGCUUAAAAAUUUAUUGCUUCAUCUUGAUGAAAAGGAAGAAGCCUUCAAGUUUGAUGAAAUUAAGUUGACAUUAAAAAGUAUUGAUGAUGAUUCUGAGGUAAUUUCUUUUGUUUUUAAUCCCAGUUCUCCAGAUGAAUCAAUAGUCUUCAAAAAGGGAACAAAUGUUAUUACGUUAGGCUGUAAAGAUUUGAUAACUGGAAAAUUUAUUUUGAACUCUUUAGUUUUGAAAAUGGGAAAAUUGAAAUUUACAAAGGAUUUUCUUGAUGAAGAUCACCGAGAAUAUUUAAUUGAUGGUAGUAAUCAAUCAAGCUAUCAAGUAAAUCAGUUUGUAUUAUAUCCAUUUUUUAGAAAUCUAACACUUGAUUUAAAUAAUCCGUUGUCUUUAAAUUUAUCUCAGAAAAUGAUUUCAAUAAAAUUAAAUAAUGGGUCUUUUGAUAUUUUCAAUGGAUACCUUGAAUUUUGGUCAGGAACUGAAGGAUUUGAAAUAAUUGAGGAUAAUUUAUCUGCUUUUACAUAUUCUAGGCAACUAGAAGCAUCUGAAUCUUCUCAAAUAGCAUAUUAUAAGAAUUAUAAUUCAUCUAGAUUUUUGAAAAAGAAAAAACCUACAAAACUUUCUAUUACUUGUGAUCAUACAGAUGAAAACAAUGCUAAAUUUAAAUUUAAUGAGAUAUCACCAAAUUCAACGGUUGAAAUCAUAGUACCUUAUAAAUUAAAUGAACAAGUCCCAUUAAUGGCUCCAACAAUUAAUAAGAAUUUGAUUAAAUUGAAAACAAAGAUAACGUAUUUUGUUAAAGAAAAUGACAAUAAAGUUCGAUAUUCUUUGGUUGAUUAUGAGGAUAUUAAUACUGCUCUAUGCGUUUCUGUAUCUGUUCAAGAUUCAUUUAAAUCAUCAAAAUUGUUUUCAAAAUUUUCUAUUGGCACAUCAGAUAUUAAUGUGCCUAUCAGAGUGAUGGGAUCGAGAUUAAGAUCCAAUAAUAAUUAUAAAGUUUCAUCAGCAAUAAAACCCAAACCAUUAAUUGCAUUUGGAAACCAGCCAGUCUGUCACUUUUUUAAGAUUGAGCCAAGAUCAGACAAAUAUAUAGUUAAGAAAAAAGAUUCUAUAAACCUUAAUGUUCAAUAUAGAUCACUUAGCGAUGAAUCAUUUGAAAUUUUGUGGUAUAUUUUUAUAAGUUAUUAUUUAUUUAGAAAUGGUUUUGAAGAAGAAAAAGAUAUACAUUUCAGGACUAAAGAAUCAUUUAUUGAUCAUAUUUUAAUUUUAAAAAAAUUUUUAAGGAGAGUCAUAUUUGUUGAUUUUAAUAGAUAUGGUUUAAUGAAUGAAAUUAACAUUUUGCCGAUUAAUUAUAAAAUAGUCAAUGAAUUUUUGAUUAAUAUUGAUUAUAAAUGCCAAAAGAGAAUUCAAGAGAGUCUUUAUUCAUUUUUGGAAGAAAUCAAUAAUGGAAAAGCGUUAAAUUAUUUAAAAUUGGAAGUGAAAGGAUUUUCAUUGAAUAAUUCAAAUCAUAACAAUAUAAGUGAUGAAAUUGAAAUAAAAAAUAAGAAACUUGAUGAAUUAUUUCUAAGUGUUUCCAAAAAUUUGAAUAUAGCAGUUCCAAUUCCAUUAAUUCAAGUGAUUCAUAUUGUUGAGUUUGAAUUCGAGGAAAACCCGCAAUAUAUAGUUGGGCAAGCUAUUAGUACAAAAUUAAAGAUUAAAACUCUUAUAAAUUGGAGAGGAGAGGAAACAACUGAUUUCAAUGAAAAUAAGAGCUUACCGGCUGGAGAGGUUGUAGGAGGUAAUAAAAAAAAUAAGAAAAGAGUAUUAUUUAUCGAUCCUAAUGAGGAUCUGAAAAUCGAAGAGUUUUCAAUAGAUAUUCAAACAAAUCAGGAUGCUUGGUUAAUCAGUGGGAAAAGAAGUUUUCUGUUUGAGAUUGAUAAGAAGAAUAAAGAGCAAAUUGAGUUUUUAAGCCCGGAUGUUGAUAUAGUUUUAAUUCCAUUAAAGAUUGGACAAUUGUUAUUGCCUGAAAUUGAAAUCAAAGCUAUUAAUAAUCAUUUAAAUGAUUCAUUUACUAUGGAAAUUGACUAUAAAAACAGCUCUCAGACGCUUUUGAUUGUACCAGACUUGGAUCGGGUUACAUUUGCAUUUUGA